AAUUCCUAAAUUUCCCGCGAGAGUACGAGGUUUCAUGAGAUCUCCCAGCAGCCUUUGCUCUUCCUUUUCCCCGGUGCGGGCGGCCAUUGAGUUAAGAUUGGAAAAUGGUCCGCUACUCACUUGAUCCAGAGAACCCUACAAAAUCAUGCAAGUCAAGGGGUUCUAACCUUCGAGUCCACUUUAAGAAUACUCGUGAGACAGCCCAAGCUAUCAAGGGCAUGCAUAUCCGAAAAGCCACUAAGUACUUAAAGGAUGUGACCCUGAAAAAGCAGUGUGUUCCCUUCCGUCGUUACAAUGGUGGAGUUGGCAGAUGUGCUCAGGCCAAGCAGUGGGGCUGGACACAGGGGCGUUGGCCUAAAAAGAGUGCAGAGUUCCUGCUGCACAUGCUCAAAAAUGCUGAGAGUAAUGCUGAACUCAAGGGUCUUGAUGUGGAUUCUCUGGUAAUUGAGCACAUCCAGGUCAAUAAGGCCCCCAAAAUGCGCAGGCGUACCUACAGAGCUCAUGGUCGUAUCAACCCCUACAUGAGUUCUCCCUGUCAUAUUGAGAUGAUCCUCACUGAGAAGGAGCAGAUUGUUCCAAAGCCAGAAGAGGAAGUUGCUCAGAAGAAAAAGAUAUCUCAAAAGAAGCUGAAGAAGCAGAAACUUAUGGCUCGGGAGUAAAUCUGACAUAAGAUGUACAUAAAUAAAAAAGAAAACUUAGAUUGUA